AUGACAGCAACACCCUUUAACAUGUUUGAGUAUAAUGUGACUGGAGCUGUAGUGGACCUGGAAACUGUACGUAAGCUUUCCUCUCAUUUUUACACGGUGAAGACUAGGGCGUUGGCCUAUGCCGAAAUCAUCUAUCCAGUUCCCCAAUUUUUGAGUGGGAUAUAUACUCCGACGCCUAAAUCUGUGUUGGAAGGUGUUGUGGUUGGAGAUUUCAAACUGAAAUUCCGACCAAUCGGCGGCGGAUCGGGCAGUGAGGUGAGGGGGGGUUUUGUAGAUCAGCUCAUGGGCUCUUUGGGUCCGGUCUCAAUUCAUAGCGGGUCAUCACCUUCGUGGAUUUCUUCCAUUACAGCCCCAAUUUGAAGAAAUUUUAAGAACCUUAUAUUUUUUUACACUUACAGAGCAAUUACCCCCAAUUGCAACCCUUCUUUUUCUUCUACCGUAUAAACCACCACCAAAUCAACUAAGGGCGUGUUUUUGCACAU